AUGUCUGAUGCUCUUUUGAUUUCGAAUGAGAGUGUGAUUCACGAGUCAACUCUUAAUACAUCAAUUGGAUCAAUGGACUCUUCUGAAGUUUCCUCUUCAUAUGCCCUUGCUUUGGCUGCAGUUCUUUCAGCUGGAUUUCAAUCGCAUCCGGACUUUCCCGAUCAAACACAUUUAAGUGAAGGGUCGGGAUCAAGCUCAUCCACUUAUCACAAUCAAGAAUCUUCUGAAAGACGCAAGAAAAAGCCAUACAAAGAGUUGACUCUCGAGGAGAAAGUUCAGUUGAUUCGUUUAGCUGAAGAGAAUGCCGGGAUGAGUCAGGCGGCGAUCGCUGAAAGAUAUUCGAUUGCAAAGUCAAACGUUUGCCGAAUUCUUCAACGUAAAAGGGAAUAUUUGAGAGCAUUUGAAAGUGCCGGAUUUGCCGGAUCUCGAAAGCGAAAACUAAAGGCCACAGACAUCCGGGAAACCGAUUUCCACUCGGAACGUCAAAGAAAAGAAAUAGGCUCAGAUACAUUGCGUGGACAUAUGUAUGCACAACACGGAGUGGCGCGCAUGUUCAUGUGUCGAUGUUGUAAUUGGGCUUUUCCUGACAAGAAAGCUUUAGAGUUGCAUAUACAAUUAAAAGAUGAAAUGGCUCAAACGGGCGGCUCUUCUCCACAAAGCAUAUCGAAAAGAGCGAUUGGAGAUGUCGGAUCCUCUGCAUUUUCACCAUUGCGACCAAUUCCGAUCAAUAAUAAUACUCUUCCACCACAUUUUGGAUUGACACAAGGUAUUCCUAUGCCCAUUCCAUCUCUUCCACUAUUUUCUUCUCCACUUGGCCGUCCAUCAGAAGAAGUCUUGUCCAGAAUACGAGAAAGGGUAAUGUUGAACGCUCUUCUUGGUCCGCAGAGCUCUCUCACUCCUUCGUGGCUCAGUUCAUCACUUUUCCCACUCGAUCAGCAAGACAAAUCACCGACUCAGCUACAAUGUCGGAACGAAGAGUGCCCUGAAGACAUAAUUAAUGUCGAAAACGACGAGACUUUAGGCAUGGAUGAGAACUCUCAACCCUCGGGUAGUGAAAGUGAAGAUGCGCGCAUGAGCGGUGAGCAAAAAAGUUCGUCAACUCUUGAUUUAUCAACUUCAAUUAACAUCUCGUCUACCCAAAAUAGUCCCAUCGAAAACGUAAUCGCUUUUCCGGGAAAUAUGUUCAAGAAAGAGGCUGACACACCAAGCGCUUUUCAUCCAAUGCUUAAAAUUGAGCCUCGAACUGGAAGAAAUGAAGAGGCACCAGAGCCAGUCCACAUUUCUCCAUCAGAUAGCCACACAUCGGGAUCAAGUCCAGGUUCCUGUAAUGGAACAUCGUCUUGUUUCGAGUGUUCACUGAUGCGAUCAAGAGCUGCCGAUUGUGAGCAGCGAAUGAGAUUCCUUGAGGAAACUCGAGAUCACCUACAAGCGGAACUCUUGCGAACUCAGGGUUGUAUUCUUAACACGGAGUCGAUAGGAAAAGUAAACGAAAGAGAAAUGCACAAUCUUCGCGACGAGAAUCAACGACUCAAGCAAAUCACUCAACAGGCUCGACAUCAAAUUACAAAUUAUCUCUCGUGUGGCGCCGUCUCGCAUGAAACAAGAACCAUUUUAGAAAGCUUGAAUCGAAUAUUU